AUGCCUCAAAACCCUGUUGUUACAAUAGUAUGCAAUUGUAAAAAUUACGUUAUAGCUAACAAACCGGCUGGUGUGUUUUCACAAAUGCCAGAUCGGAACUCGUGGAUCCAGAAACACGGCGUGUUGAAACCGCCUGUACUAUUGGAUAUGGUGCGAUCGUCGGCGCACACAAUGAAUCUUGAAGCAGGGGGUUGGCGUACAGUUCACCGACUGGACACCAAUGUUACAGGCGGAGUGCUCAUCGCCAAAAACAAACAAGCAGCAGCUCUUUUCUCGAGAUAUCUGCGAAAAGGUGGCAAUAACGGUAACCUGCUGAUACGGAAAUAUAUCGCACUUGUUGAUGGAGAAACAGACUGUUUACCCGCUAGGGGUGUUUUAGAACAGGAUGGCAUGAAAAGUCUCUUUUGCAAAAUCGAUUCACGGGCACUGAUGCUUCAACUUUGCACCGGAAAAAAGCAUCAGAUCAGGCUGCAGCUCUCAAAGGUUUUAGGACUGCCUAUAUCGAACGAUCUGAAAUACGGUGGUGUUCCAGUUCCAGAUGCUGGACGUCAAAUUGCCCUGCACUCUGCUCUAGUGCAAACCAAAGUGGGCUUGCAAUGUCACAAACAUUUCAUUCCAGUGGUCUCCGGGCGUGACUCACUAUGGGCUAAUUACGUGGAUCAAGAUGGACACUUCAAGCCGUCGGUACAGCAUGCCCUUCUCGAAAACUGGGAUUUGAGCUAA